AUGGUAUUCGGGAGAAAUAACUCACCCUCGAUAGAUGAACUGAUCACACUGCAUAAGUUGCACUGGCUUGGCCACGUGCUGCGAAUGCCAGUCGACCGACCUCCUCGAAGGGCUCUUUUCGCACAACCACGUGAAGGGUGGAAGAGAGCCAGAGGCAACAAUACAAUGACUUGGCAGCGAAGUAUGAAAGCCAUUACCAGCAAACUCAGCUGCGCUGGUCACUGCCGUCUUCCUGGAUGGGGGAGACGGGCCAAUGAUGAUGAUGAUGACUUAUCGUUGUUUUGGUGUCGCGAAGGUCCUUUUUGUGGUAAUCGUAUUCGACACCUUCCGGCCACCACUGCCGGAGGGGUCCGCAGACGUGCUCCGAAUGUUGCUCACAGGCGACCAGCAACUCGCAUGCGUGUUCCUGACGAGGAUAACCAAGUUCAGCCGACACACGUUGCAGAUCGAGUUCGAGAACGGGUAGAUGACGAGGAACAUGAUUCAAGUGAUGACGCAACGGCGGCAGCAGAAGGUGCACCAAAGAAGAAAGUUGGUGCCAAGAAGGCCGCUAAGCUGGCAGAAAAGGAACGGCGCAAAGAAGAGCGCGAAGCAGAAGAACGUUAUCGCGAGCACCAGCGUAAAAUCGAAGACCAGGAGAUAGCGAAACGGAAAAAGGCGGAAGAAGAAGCUGAACGAGCCGAAAAAGCAGCCGCUGCUGCAGAGGCGAAGCGUCUUGAGGAGGAGGCUGCCCGUGAGCAAGCGGAAUAUGAAAAAAUGAAAACUGAAUUCAGCGUAGAAGAGGAAGGCACUGAAGUUAUCCAGCGCGAUAGCCAAGCGGAAGCAGAAUUCAAUUCACAAUUGAUUGCGGCCAUUCGGGAAGCAAAGAUCAUUCCAGUCGAACAUCUGGCCCUAAAUUUUAACAUUAAAACGGAGGCUUGUGUGGAGCGCCUGAAACAAUUGCUUGCUUCUGGUCAGCUUACGGGUUUAUUGGACGAUCGAGGCAAGUUUGUCCAUAUCACUCCCGAGGAAUACAAUGCUGUGGCCGAAUUCAUUGAGAAGCGCGGCAGGGUCACGCUGACUGAAUUGGUUCAGAAUGGACACAAGCUGUUGAAACUUGACGAAAUUAGCAACAGAUACUGAUUUGGUCACCAUGUCCAUUUAUUGUCUUUCGUUACUUUCCUUGUCCGAACAGACCCCUGUCGCUCCGUGUGUGGGUUACCGACUUUUUACGUUUGACAGGUCAUUUGUAUAUCACUUUGUAUGUCUUGUCACUGCACUUUCAGUGUUAUUUACUUAUCUCUGCUUAUUGGUUCCUGAAUUUGUUCACUGACCCGUAGCAGUCACAUAAUUUUCAAACCAGCAUGGGUAGGUUCCGGUGCUAUUCAUUGCGAGUAAUUUGCAUCGUUUUUUUUCGCUGGUCAUUUGCUCUUACCUGGCGGAGUAACGUUGUCUAGGUAAACCAAGCGACGUCACAGAACACAGCCAAGGGA